CACCCACGAGGCUGGGCUGCACUAGUUUAUCAUAUAAAUACCCUGAAUUAAUUCAUUCUCUCAAUCAAUUCAAUUAAUAUCAAUACCAAAAACAAAAUGUCAGAAAUAUCAAUUGCCCUCUCAACCAUCACCAAAGACCAACUCCCUCUCGUCCACAAAAUCCUCUGCUGGCUAUCCUACUCCACCCGCCCUCUGUCCAUCGCCGAAAUCAAAGACCUAGCCACGACAACAAGAAAAAAAGACCAAAACCAACAUUAUCAAACUGGCGAACUGGAUAUUCUAUCUCUUCUGCCCAGCUCAGCAGUGAAAAUCACACAAAGCACCACUUCCCCCGAUGAACAACACCAACUAGUCCAGCUUGAAUCAUCGUCUUCCCCGGCCCUCAGAAACUAUCUUUCUGCAUCGGGAUUAGAGGAGAAACAAGCUCACACGACCAUCGCAACAGAUUGUCUUCUCUAUCUGCUUGAUUUUACGGCGCCGUAUGUAUCCACGCCUGAGACAGUGGAGAGCGCGGCGCUGCUUCGCUAUGCGACGAAUUACUGGCCUGUGCAUGUGAAAUUGGGGAACCAGACUGAGGAGUUACAUGAGCUGGUUAUGAGGCUGUUUUCUUCAGAAACGGAGUAUUUGAAUUGGACGGCGUUUUUGGAUGGCUAUACUCCAUUUACUGGUGAUGGGGAGAGGAAGACGCCGAAGCCGAUUUAUUAUGCUUCUUCGUUUGGGUUGAUUAAAGAGGUGAAGCGACUUCUUGAUGAUGGUGCGUCUGUCAAUGAGAACGAGACAGGUGGUCCGACGACCGCCCUGGGUGUUGCUGCUCUAUCUGGGCACUGCGAUGUCAUGGCGCUUCUCAUAUCGCACGGUGCGGAUGUCAACUCGCCCGGAGGUGAUCUAGGUCCAGCGCUGAAUCUAGCUGCUUCUGAGGGACAUGUUGAUGCGGUUGAAUUAUUGCUUUUGAAUGGAGCGGUUCGUAAAGAAUAGAUUGAAUGCUAUACUAUUUUGAAUAUUUGAAUAUACUUGCGACGAAGACCAGAAGUAAGCUUGUUGAGAUGACUAGAUUGCGGAGAGCUUUGUUCACGCGCGGUUUCA